CAGUUCACCUCAACUCAACUCAACCCGACAACCCUUGCUCGCUCUUAGCAUGAAGAAGUCAUUCGCUUCUCGUCGCGUGCCGCGGAAGAUUGGCCAGGAUGACCAAGAUGCCCUAUCCGAUGUGUCAAGCAACAAUGACUCUUCCGCUCCCACUUUUGUCAAACGUCCUGGUCCGAAAAGUCGCAAAUCUUCUGCCCUGCGCCCUGCCUUCGCUUCUACCGACGACGACAACGACGACAAUUCCACCCUGCUGACCCCCAAACGCUCAAACAUCUCUCGCCUGGCCAUCCAACGUAAUGCCGAAAACCACUCCGACAUAUCCUUUCGUCCACGUCUCGAGUCCACAUCCAACCGUCCAAGCUAUAGCAGAGACUACCUUGACGAGCUGAAACAGAGUACGCCCGCCACUCCAAAGGACGUCGCAUCCGUAUCUACCACCGAUACCGAGAAUGCCGCCUCUGUUCGCAACAACCCCGUUGACGUGAAAUCAAAAUUUGGCUCCGACCUCUCAAGAUAUCAGCCUCCUACAGCUAUACCCACAGCUGCGGAAAUUCAAGAGAAGAAGACUCGUCGCGCACGCUUGGCCAAGGAAAACGAUUUCAUAUCACUGGAAGAUGACGGAGAUGAUGAAGACGACGACGACGCAGUCACACGGGACGAACAGGGACGUUUAAUCCUCAAGCCCAAGGAGAAAUACCCAGAGACCCGCCUUGUACACGACGACGAAGACAUGCUGGAAGGAUUCGAUGACUUCACUACUGAAGGCAAGAUGACAUUUGGUCGCAAGGCACAGAAAGAGGAGGACCGAAAACGCAGAGCCGAAAUGGCUUCUAUGAUUGCCGAUGCAGAAGGUCAAAGUGUGGACGAAGAUGAAGAGGAUGAGAGCGAAGCUGAAAGGAACGCCGCUUUCGAGGUUGCACAAACCCGCCACGGUACCUAUGCUGCACGCGAACAGGAACCCGACUCGACAAGACCUCAGACGCCGCCGAGGGUCGUCCCCCUUCCGACAAUGGACAGCGUGAUUGAGAGGCUUCGGAAGCGACUGGAAGAGAUGGAGAUGGUUCGCGCUAACAAGGCAAAUGAGAUGCAAAGUCUUGUAGAAGAGAAGUCAAGGAUCGGGGAAGAAGAAAUCAGAGUUCAAGCUGCUUUGAAAGAAACGGGCGAGAAAUAUCAAAAGUUGCGGCAGGACAUGGGCUUG